UAUCAAUGGAGGAGAUAACGUCCCCAUCUUCUUCUUCCUCCUUGAUGUCGUUUUGUCAAGAUUCUUCUCCCACAAUCCAGCAACGCCUCCAGUUCAUCCUCCAAAGCCGGCCUGAAUGGUGGGUCUACGCCAUCUUCUGGCAGGCGUCCAAUGAUCCCACUGGACGCCUUGUUUUAUCGUGGGGUGAUGGCCAUUUCCGUGGCGCCGAAGAAUUUGCUGCAAAAGCUUGCAGCAAGCAGAACCAACCCAAAUUCAGGUUCAAUCUUGGAAGAAAGAUGACUAACAAAGAGUCCCAAACUCUUUUCAGUGAUAAUAUGGAGAUGGACAGAUUGGCAGACGUGGAUGUUAUUGACUUUGAAUGGUUUUACACAGUAUCAGUGACACGAUCAUUCGCUGUUGAGGAUGGAAUUCUCGGCAGGACAUUUGGCUCCGGGGCUUUUAUUUGGUUGACUGGUAACCAUGAGUUACAGAUGUACGAGUGUGAGAGAAUUAAAGAGGCUCGUAUGCUUGGUAUACAGACUUUGGUGUGUAUUUCAACCACUUAUGGAGUUGUUGAAUUGGGAUCCUCCAAUGUCAUCUAUAAAGAUUGGAGCCUAGUGCAACUCUGCAAAUCACUCUUCGGGGGAGAUACCACCUGCUUGUUAUCAAAGGACCCAAGCCACGGGUCUCAGCUUCAGAUUCCUAAUACUUGUUUCCCUGAUAUUCCCAUGUUUUCACCUUAUCAAAAGGAGACCUCUAUUGAAAAGCAAAAUGAACACGACAGAAAGAAAGACGUUACUGCUCAAGGCGCAUCAUCUGACUCGGCACAUUCUGAUUCUGAUGGCAAUUUUGUAGCUGGAAACACUGAUCGCUUCAGGAAACGAGGAAGAAAACAGCUAAACGGCAAAGAAAUGCCUAUGAACCAUGUUGAAGCAGAGAGGCAGCGUAGAGAGAGGCUGAAUCAUCGAUUCUACGCACUCCGAUCUGUAGUUCCUAAUGUGUCAAAGAUGGACAAAGCAUCACUACUAGCAGAUGCAGUAACUUACAUCAAGGAACUGAAAGCCAAAGUUGAUGAAUCAGAGUCCAAACUAAGAGCAGUAUCGAAGAAAUAUAAGAGUGCAAACGUGACAGACGAUCAAAACCCAGAUUCCAUGGCUGAUAACAUGAGAUACCCUUCAAGUUACAAAGGCAAGACAAUGGAGUUGGAUGUGAAAAUUGUAGGAACAGAAGCUAUGAUAAGAUUCCUCUCACCAGAUGUUAAUCACCCAGCUGUAAGAUUAAUGGAUGUACUAAGAGAAGCAGAAUUCAAAGUUCAUCACGCAAGCAUGUCAAGCAUUAGAGAGCUUGUGCUUCUAGAUGUUGUUGCUAGAGUUCCAGAAGGACUCACAGAUGAAGAAGUUGUGAGAAGUGCAAUUCUCCAAAGAAUGCUGAACUAGGUAGCUAAUUAAGCUACCAGCUCUGAUCACUUACUAAGUAACUUAAAAUGUGGUCAACGUGUGUUUAGUUUUCAUUUUCCUCGAAUAAUUUGUGUCUUUUAUGCCUCCCUAUGUUUGUGUGUUUCCUUGUAAAAGAACAACAAUGUUGUUAAAAUUGUUGUUCGAGUGCUCUUCGUUUUUGUAAUUUCUUUCAGUACUGCUCUUCGUUUUUUGUAAUUUCUUUCAGUGUUCUUGUAAUCAUUCUUGUUGUUUGAAUGUUCUUCAUUUUUCUAGUGUUAUUCCCUCCUAGAUUCCCAUGUUAAAUAUAUAUUUU